CAGAACGCCUAUCGAACCCUGCGAGACGAUGGCGCACCCUGUUGGCGGAGAGCUGGAGACAUUUUCGAGCAGGGUCGCUAAACGAACGUUAUGUUAUUCUGGAGAAUGACGGAGCAUUGAACGACAGCGACGUCAGCACGCACCCAUUGGAUUCCAGUCCAUUUCCUUUUCCCUCUCCAAAGGCUUGCCUUUCCCCUUUCCCGCUGUUUCCUUUACUCUAGGUACAGCAAGAUGCAGGCUUUCGCGAGGCAAUCGCGGCCCGUCGGCGCUCUCCUGCGCAAGCUCGCCCAGAGGAGCUACAGCUCAGCAACCUCGCCCUAUGCGGCGACCAUCCCGAACCUCCGCAUUAACGGCGACACCAAGGUCAUAUUCCAGGGCUUUACGGGCAAGCAGGGAACAUUCCAUGCGCAACAGGCGAUCGACUAUGGCACCAAGGUCGUUGGCGGCACAAACCCCAAAAAGGCCGGUCAAACCCACCUCGGCCUCCCGGUCUUUGCCAACGUCAGCGAAGCUGUGAAGGAAACCGGUGCGACGGCGACGGCUAUCUUUGUGCCGCCUCCACUCGCCGCCGCCGGCAUCGAGGAAGCCAUUGCUGCCGAAAUCCCCCUCGUGGUUUGCAUUACAGAAGGAAUCCCUCAGCAUGACAUGGUUCGCAUCACGUCGAUGCUCAAGUCGCAGAGCAAGACCCGCCUGGUAGGCCCCAACUGCCCGGGCAUCAUUGCGCCGGGGCAGUGCAAGAUCGGCAUCAUGCCGGGCUUCAUCCACAAGCGCGGCCGCAUCGGCAUCGUCAGCCGAUCCGGCACCCUGACCUACGAGGCCGUCAACCAGACCACCCAGGCUGGCCUGGGCCAGUCGCUCGUCGUCGGCAUCGGCGGUGACCCCUUCAGCGGCACCAACUUCAUCGACUGCCUCAAGGUGUUCCUCCAGGACGAGGAGACGGACGGCAUCAUCAUGAUUGGUGAGAUUGGCGGUUCGGCCGAGGAGGACGCCGCGGACUUCCUCAAAGCCAACAACACGGUCAACGGCGGCAAGCCCGUUGUGUCCUUCAUCGCCGGCAUCUCGGCACCCCCCGGCCGCCGCAUGGGCCACGCCGGCGCCAUCGUCUCGGGCGGCAAGGGCGGUGCCGACUCAAAGAUUAAGGCUCUCGAGUCCGCUGGAGUCAUUGUCGAGCGGUCCCCCGCCGGGCUCGGCAAGGCCCUCCGCGACGAAUUUGUUAGACGGGAUCUCCUCUGAUGUUGCCCUUGGCAAGAAAACACCGAUUAGGCCCCUCAGCCUUUGUACCAUCUUCCGUGCAUUUUCUUGUUUCAUUUGUGACAGAGCCAUAGUGUGGAGUCACACACCGAGGCAAAGGGCGACUGAUGGGUGUGAUGCGGUGUGAAGGGUUCUGGAGGUCUCAUAGAAGGCAGAGAAGAGCUUUCGGUUGUGCACUCAUCAUAUUUGCGAAUCUUGAACUUAUAGACUGGGCGGGCUUGGUGGUUUGGCAUAAUCCGCCGUGUGAUCCUAAUUGCUCUGGUAUGAGCGGAUUCAAUAGUGCUGUGUUUCUACUACCAUAUGCAUGUCGAAUAUUCGGUCGUGUCGAUCGGAUGCAACUUGGAGAGACAUGCAGUACUGAGCCGGUUGUUCUCUCGGCGGGUCCCAAGCAUGUCAAUGCCUACGAAGUAUCCGUAGACGGCAAGCCACUGCAGGGGUGAAAACAGAGUGA